AUGUCUAAGGAUAUUUUUUCUUCCACGUUCACUGACGUUAUUGAUCAUGAGGGACAAUGGGAACUCAAUGUUAACAUCGGCAAAGAAUGUAUUCAAGGUGGUAAUAGUUUAAACUCCCAAAGUUAUGAUAUCAGUAGUACUUCUACGUUAGGUACUAUUGAACAAGAGCCACCUGAAGAUAUACCCUUGCACGUCGAUGGGUUGAACAUGAAUGGGUUUCAGAUUGUUGAUAUGGCUGCGAAUACAUACAGUUCAAACUAUAAAGUGGGAUUGCAAUAUUUACCUACACAAAGGGAAGAAAUGGCAAGAGUCAAAGGAGGUAAAUUCAAUAUCAUGGUUGCUGGAAGACAGGGAAGUGGUAAAACAACGUUUUUAAAUUCUCUUUUCAAAACAAAUUUACAAUUACAUACAUCACCAAAACAAACAUUUAACAUUUGUUUAAAAAAGUAUAACUUUGUUGAAGAAUCUGUGAAUUUGGAAGUAACUUGUAUCGAUACUCCAGGGUUUGGUGAUUCUUUGGAUAACAGAUAUUGUUGGAUGCAUUUGGUCAAUUUCAUCGAUAAUCAAUUUGAAUCUUACUUACACCAAAUGGAGCAACCCCAUCGAAUGAAAGCAAACGACAUAAGAGUUCACUGUUGUAUCUAUUUCCUUAGUAAUGCCACUUUAAAUUCACCAUUGUCUCCAUUGGAUAUCGAAUCUAUGAAAGAACUUUCUAAACGAGUCAACUUACUCCCGGUGAUCUCAAAAGCCGAUCUGUAUACAGAAGACGAACUAAACCUUCUCAAACAGAAAGUAAGAGAGAGUAUAAUCAAGGAGGAAAUAAGCGUUUGCGAAUUUGUUGAAGACCACUUGGUGAAGAAAUGCAUUCUUUCAAUGACACCCCAUGCAAUCAUUGGUGCAAACCAUGAAAAAAAGUUACCUGAUGGUGACUCAAUACUUCUUAGAAAGUAUCCUUGGGGUCAAAUUGAAAUUGAAAAUAAAAGUCAUUGUGAUUUUGCAGCCUUACGAGACGUUUUGAUAUCCCAAAAUAUGCUUGAAUUAAUCCAAUCAACGGAAGCCAAUUAUUAUUUAUUCCGCGCUUCAUAUUUAACCAAAAGAUUUGAAAGGGCGGUAUCCUUACUGACAAAGUUUCUGAAGAAACAUUCAGAUAACGGCUUAGUUCAAUUUGUGGUUUACAAUCAAUCUAAGCCUACAGCAAUUGGGGAAACUGUUGAGGAAACCGAUCUUUUCAAGGCCCAACAACUUGAACUCCAAAGAAAAUUCAAUUCAGACAUCCAAUUACAAGAAAGUCGUUUUAAAGAUUGGAAACGACAAUUGACAGAAAGACAAUCGGUAUUGAACAGCGAUCUUGAAAAUUGUCAUUUCCAAUUAAUGAAACUACAACAACAGGUUAAACGUAUGGAGGAGGAAAACGAGCUAGCGUACAAUACACCUGUCUCUAAGGGUGCAGGACUAAUAUUAGCAGGUUUCUCAGAACGUCCUCCAUCUUCACGUUCUCCUCAACUUUCUGUGAGCAGUGAAGAUGAUUAUUAUGAUAAUGAAAUGAGUUGA